UGGCGAUGACUUAAGUCGUAUGGUGAUGACUUAAGUCAUAUGGCAGAAUGGGCUCCGAUAUCUCCAGGCCAAGAGUAAGUAGAAUGGACAUUGUGGGAUAUCAUGGAAUUCUGUUGAGUAACACCUUCAAGUCAAAGGCGGUUUGUUCUGUAGCCAGAGUAGCACGGUAUAGGACAGUUUGGCAGUCUGUUGCCAGAGUAGCACGGUAUAGGACAGUUUGGCAGUCUGUUGCCAGAGUAGCACGGUAUAGGACAGUUUGGCAGUCUGUUGCCAGAGUAGCACGGUAUAGGACAGUUUGACAGUCUGUUGCCAGAGUAGCACGGUAUAGGACAGUUUGACAGUCUGCUGCCAGAGUAGCACGGUAUAAGAUAGUUAGGCAGUCUGUUGCCAGAGUAGCACGGUAUAGGACAGUUUGGCAGUCUGUUGCCAGAGUAGCACGGUAUAAGAUAGUUAGGCAGUCUGUUGCCAGAGUAGCACGGUAUAGGACAGUUUGGCAGUCUGUUGCCAGAGUAGCACGGUAUAAGAUAGUUAGGCAGUCUGUUGCCAGAGUAGCACGGUAUAGGACAGUUUGGCAGUCUGUUGCCAGAGUAGCACGGUAUAACAUAGUUAGGCAGUCUGUUGCCAGAGUAGCACGGUAUAGGACAGUUUGGCAGUCUGUUGCCAGAGUAGCACGGUAUAGGAUAGUUAGGCAGUCUAAGGAUCAUUUUUUUACUUACUGUAAAUUGUCAGCCCAGAGAUAUUUGCGAUUGUGGCAGACAGAGGCGGAUAAUUAGACAGACAGGUUAAGGAGAAAUUCACGAUAAUAGUUUUUAUCUGAUAAUUAAGUUAUCAUAUUCAGUCUCCAAACCGUAAGUUUCUAAUUUUUUAAAAAAUGUCACAUUUUUUAUUAGCAAUUUACUUUUUUGUAAGAGCAUAUGUUUUUACAUUGAAAUGUAUCAAAACUUUAUGGACAUUAAAAUCUGUUUUAUGUUACCUAUUGCACAGAUAAGCAACAAAAAAAAUUAAUAAGUUAAUAAAAAAAUUAAUUAACAGGUUCAUGAAGGAAAAGUGUAAAUAUAACCGGGCCACGAACAAAAGUGCGGGACACUCUGUAAUAGACAAUUAAGUGUAGCCUCUAAUCACAAUUUGAAUGGGUUCGUUUUAAAUAGCAUCGAUAUUUUGAUUAAACUUAUUUGGGCAUUUGUAAUCAUCCUUAUUUCAAUUUAACUUUAAAAAAUUAUUGAUACAAUUUAUUUAUUUCUAUUUUCAAUGGUCUCCUUCCUCAAAAAUCCAAGUGUGGCAAGAAGUCAGUUGAGUAUCCAAGGGAGGUAAGUACUGUACACUUAUGGGGAAUUACAGGCAUAGAAGAACUACCCAGCAGAAAAGGCCCGCUCGAAUAGAAAAAUAAAAUGGGUUGGGGUGGGGGGGGGGAGAGGGGGGUGAAGAUGCAAUCACUCUGUAAAAAUAUAAAAGAAAUAUGGUGUCAACUCAUUUAAGCGUUUAAGUCCAGUAGGAAAGGAAAUGACCAAGAACAUUAACUCAUUUCACAUCCUACAAGAUUCUAACGAAGGAAAUGCUAAACUAAACAAAUAUUUCUGGAAUUGUUGUGUUCUAUUUAUCAGUCUUCAUAUAUCUAACACCUCUCCCCCCAAUCCCCCCCCCCAUCUCAACUUCUACUCUUCAACUUCAAUAAUCAUCUCAACUUCUACUCUUCAACUUCAAUAAUCAUCUCAACUUCUACUCUUCAACUUCAAUAAUCAUCUCAACUUCUACUCUUCAACUUCUACUCUUCAACUUCAAUAAUCAUCUCAACUUCUACUCUUCAACUUCAAUAAUCAUCUCAACUUCUACUCUUCAACUUCAAUAAUCAUCUCAACUUCUACUCUUCAACUUCAAUAAUCAUCUCAACUUCUACUCUUCAACUUCAAUGAUCAUCUCAACUUCUACUCUUCAACUUCAAUAAUCAUCUCAACUCUCAAGAAAUUGUUUCACUUGAUCGUUCAGUUCGUGACGGAAUAGGGCAAGUGUCCCCACCUAUGGACUAAGUUUAGCCACUGUCGACUUAGCCACUGUCGACUUAGUCACUGUCGACUUAGCCACUGACGACUUAGCCACUGUCGACUUAGCCACUGUCGACUUAGACACUAUAGACUUAUCUUUUAUCCACUGUAGACUUAAAAUAUAAGGAUAAAAAUAAUCAAUUUAUUUCCCCUAGAAACAUAGCCUGUUCAAGGUUUUUUCGUCUACCUCUACUUCUACCGUUACAUCAGAAGUCACGUUAUGUUUAAGGCAGCUAAUGUACGUGUUUUUUUGUUUUGUUUUUUUUUUGGUUGCCAGUUUCCAUAAAUUUUAUUUGGAUCAAUAACAGAAUUGUAAUAUAAAUGAUCUAUAUCGUAUGGCUUUUCUUGAAGCUUCAUGCUGUGAUCUUAACUUUGUGCUUCGCUACAUAUUGCAGUUUUUUCACGCUACUUUAAUUCUGUCGAUAUUUCCUCUUGUUUGAUUUGACUUUCUCACUUCUGCCAACUGGUCGUCUUGUUUGCUUUGAUACCCACUCGAUUGACUUUCUCACUUCUGCCAACUGGUCGUCUUGUUUGCUUUGAUACCCACUCGAUUGACUUUCUCACUUCUUUGACUUUCUCACUUCUGCCAACUGGUCGUCUUGUUUGCUUUGAUACCCACUCGAUUGACUUUCUCACUUCUGCCAACUGGUCGUCUUGUUUGCUUUGAUACCCACUCGAUUGACUUUCUCACUUCUGCCAACUGGUCCUCUUGUUUGAUUUGAUACCCACUCGAUUGACUUUCUCACUUCUACCACCUGGUCCUCUUGUUUGCUUUGAUACCCACUCGAUUGACUUUCUCACUUCUGCCAACUGGUCGUCUUGUUUGAUUUGAUACCCACUCGAUUGACUUUCUCACUUCUGCCAACUGGUCGUCUUGUUUGCUUUGAUACCCACUCGAUUGACUUUCUCACUUCUGCCAACUGGUCGUCUUGUUUGCUUUGAUACCCACUCGAUUGACUUUCUCACUUCUACCACCUGGUCGUCUUGUUUGCUUUGAUACCCACUCUAUUGACUUUCUCACUUCUGCCAACUGGUCGUCUUGUGAGAGAGUUAACAAAUCAUAUGGAUAUAUUUGACUUGGCUUUGUAAAACGAGACACUAUUUCCUCGCCUGUAUAAAUUAGAUUAUUAGACAAUGUUGAUUUGUACUUGACUGAUACGUGAUAGGACAUUAUUACUUUGAACAGAUAUUAGGCUAAUAUGAGAUACUGACAUGUAUUAUAUCAUCUAUUAGGGCUAAUAUGAGAUACUGACAUGUAUUAUAUCAUCUAUUAGGGCUAAUAUGAGAGACUGACAUGUAUUAUAUCAUCUAUUAGGGCUAAUAUGAGAGACUGACAUUUAUUAUAUCAUCUAUUUGGGCUAAUAUGAGAGACUGACAUGUAUUAUAUCAUCUAUUUGGGCUAAUAUGAGAGACUGACAUGUAUUAUAUCAUCUAUUAGGGCUAAUAUGAGAGACUGACAUGUAUUAUAUCAUCUAUUAGGGCUAAUAUGAGAUACUGACAUGUAUUAUAUCAUCUAUUAGGGCUAAUAUGAGAUGACAUCUUUUACAUCAUCUAUAAUGUUCAAAAUCAUUUGUACUCGAAGGUUUUAAAAGAGAAAUCGAAAACUUUUUCCCAGAGAUCAAGUCUGAUAGAUUUGUAUGCGCCCAAUUUCGCCUUCCGCUCUGAAGCGCUUAUCGCGAUCAAUGAGUACAGGGUGCGCCAUGCAGUGCCGCCUCUGGAUAUGAGGUACAUUCAUUAUAUGUUUCAUAUGCCGUAUAUGUUUCAUAUGAAUGCGAGGUUAUAAUUGUAUAGUUAAAUCUUUUUCUUCUAAUGCAGCGGUUCUCAACCUGUGGGUCGCGAAACCCCUUUGGGGGUCGCGGGACCCUUUUCCAGUGGUCGCCUAAGACCAUCUGAAAACACAUAUCAUUAGUUCUAUGAAGUAGCAACGAAAAUAAUUGUGUGGCUGGGGGUCGCCACGACACGACAAACUGUAUUAAAGGGUCGCGGCACUAGAAAGGUUGAGAGCCACUGUUCUAAAUGUAAUUAAACCUAGCCACAACUCAUCACUUACAACACAUAACUAAUUACUCUUACAUAACACAACUCAUCCCUCUUACAUAACACAGAUCAUCCCAUUAACACGACACCACUCAUUCCUCUGACACGAUACAAUUCAUCACCCUAACAUGACCCAACUCAUCACUCUAACAUGACACAACUCAUCACUCUGACAUGACAACCACAUAUCUGACAGCCAACAAAUGAGACGCCCCAUGAAUGUAUAAAUAAAAUUGCCGCCUGUGGCGGACCAGUAAAAAGACUUUUUGGCGCCCCUGGUCAAACAAUAAAACAAGUUGACAUCAGAUAGUUUAGAUACAAUAAAACAAGUUGACAUCAGAUAGUUUAGAUACAAUCAAACAAGUUGACAUCAGAUAGUUUAGAUACAAUAAAACAAGUUGACAUCAGAUAGUUUAGAUACAAAAAACAAGUUGACAUCAGAUAGUUAAGAUAAAAUAAAACAAGUUUACAUCAGAUAGUUUAGAUACAAUCAAACAAUGUGACAGCUGUUUGUCCUUCCCAUUUUAAGACAUUCUGUUUCAGUGAAAAGCUGAGUGCUAUCGCUGACAGGUGUGCCAAUAAAAUUGUUGAGACGGGAAACCUACAUUACAAACCGAUGUCAUGUGUGGGACAAUGCAUUGCCUGGAGUUCAAGGGAGAUCAGUGGUAGAAUACUUCAUUCCCUUUGUCGACAGAUUUGUUUACGUUGGCGUGGUUUAGUUGUUACGACAAUCUGACCACGACAAUCUGACCCCGACAAUCUGACCCCGACAAUCUGACCACGAAAAUCUGACCACGACAAUCUGACCCCGACAAUCUGACCACGACAAUCUGACCACUGUUUCUUUAACAUUAAUUAAGUUACAAUUAUCUUUAUAAAACUCACGGUCGGACUCGUCCUUUGUCCUUAAGUGGCGUCCUUAAGACUGGACCUGCUGGACCAUGUAAAGACUGGACCUGGUGGAUAAUGUGAAUAAUAGAUGUAAAGACUGGACCUAGUGGACCAUGUAAAGACUGGACCUGGUGGACCAUGUAAAGACUGGACCUGGUGGACCAUGUAAAGACUGGACCUGGUGGACCAUGUAAAGACUGGACCUGGUGGACCAUGUAAAGACUGGACCUGGUGGACCAUGUAAAGAUUGGACCUGGUGGACCAUGUAAAGACUGGACCUGGUGGACCAUGUAAAGACUGGACCUGGUGGACCAUGUAAAGACUGGACCUAGUGGACCAUGUAAAGACUGGACCUGGUGGACUAUGUAAAGACUGGACCUGGUGGACCAUGUAAAGACUGGACCUGGUGGACCAUGUAAAGACUGGACCUGGUGGACCAUGUUAACACUGGACCUGGUGGACCAUGUAAAGACUGGGCCCGGUGGAUCACGUGACCAAUAACCAUUUGAUUUACUCUCAAUAUGUUUUCACAGCUAGAGAGCUCAUUAACCAGUGGUACACUGAAGCUAAAAAUAGCAUGGACGAUGUCAAAAAGCCGGAUGGACAGAAAUUAUCUGGUGAGUUUAUUAGUUGAAUGACGUCACUUGACACUCGUGUUAACAAAUACAAUAUUUGAACAUUACCAAACGUGUCAUGUACCAGAUUUCCCUAUAAGCCAAGUAGGCUUAAGCCUCCUAAUCUAAGCGACUUCAAAAUAGAAUGUUAACACAUUUGAUCGAUUACCGUGCUUAUUUUUAUGUAUGUAAAUAGAUAAAAUUAUAAUUUUUUUUUAAAUCUCCAAUAAUUUACUAUAAGUAUAAUAACGCACACCAUGGUGAUACUAAAAGUUGACACCAGUGAAAGCAUGGCUGAUGUGGUGUUUAUGGCUGAUUUGGUGUUUAUGGCUGAUUUGGUGUUUAUGGCUGAUUUGGUGUUUAUGGCUCAUUUGGUGUUUAUGGCUCAUUUGGUGUUUAUGGCUGAUUUGGUGUUUAUGGCUCAUUUGGUGUUUAUGGCUGAUUUGGUGUUUAUGGCUGAUUUGGUGUUUAUGGCUCAUUUGGUGUUUAUGGCUGAUUUGGUGUUUAUGGCUCAUUUGGUGUUUAUGACUGCUUGGUGUUAAAUUAUUUAACUCCUGUGCUGAAUAUUUAUUCAAUAAUUCAUUGUAGAUGUGGCGCGUUUUUUUGGAAAAAUUAAAUGAAAAAUAAUUUUCUAGUAUCCAACAUUUACAGAACAUCCCAGUCUAUGAUUAUACUUCUGUUCUAUUGCUAGAAUCAAACAUUUACAGAACAUCCCAGUGUAUGAUUAUACUUCUGUUCUAUUGCUAGAAUCAAACAUUUACAGAACAUCCCAGUCUAUGAUUAUACUUCUGUUCUAUUGCUAGAAUCAAACAUUUACAGAACAUCCCAGUCUAUGAUUAUACUUCUGUUCUAUUGCUAGAAUCAAACAUUUACAGAACAUCCCAGUCUAUGAUUAUACUUCUGUUCUAUUGCUAGAAUCAAACAUUUACAGAACAUCCCAGUCUAUGAUUAUACUUCUGUUCUAUUGCUAGAAUCAAACAUUUACAGAACAUCCCAGUCUAUGAUUAUACUUCUGUUCUAUUGCUAGAAUCAAACAUUUACAGAACAUCCCAGUCUAUGAUUAUACUUCUGUUCUAUUGCUAGAAUCAAACAUUUACAGAACAUCCCAGUCUAUGAUUAUACUUCUGUUCUAUUGCUAGAAUCAAACAUUUACAGAACAUCCCAGUCUAUGAUUAUACUUCUGUUCUAUUGCUAGAAUCAAACAUUUACAGAACAUCCCAGUCUAUGAUUAUACUUCUGUUCUAUUGCUAGAAUCAAACAUUUACAGAACAUCCCAGUCUAUGAUUAUACUUCUGUUCUAUUGCUAGAAUCAAACAUUUACAGAACAUCCCAGUCUAUGAUUAUACUUCUGUUCUAUUGCUAGAAUCAAACAUUUACAGAACAUCCCAGUCUAUGAUUAUACUUCUGUUCUAUUGCUAGAAUCAAACAUUUACAGAACAUCCCAGUCUAUGAUUAUACUUCUGUUCUAUUGCUAGAAUCAAACAUUUACAGAACAUCCCAGUCUAUGAUUAUACUUCUGUUCUAUUGCUAGAAUCAAACAUUUACAGAACAUCCCAGUCUAUGAUUAUACUUCUGUUCUAUUGCUAGAAUCAAACAUUUACAGAACAUCCCAGUCUAUGAUUAUACUUCUGUUCUAUUGCUAGAAUCAAACAUUUACAGAACAUCCCAGUCUAUGAUUAUACUUCUGUUCUAUUGCUAGAAUCAAACAUUUACAGAACAUCCCAGUCUAUGAUUAUACUUCUGUUCUAUUGCUAGAAUCAAACAUUUACAGAACAUCCCAGUCUAUGAUUAUACUUCUGUUCUAUUGCUAGAAUCAAACAUUUACAGAACAUCCCAGUCUAUGAUUAUACUUCUGUUCUAUUGCUAGAAUCAAACAUUUACAGAACAUCCCAGUCUAUGAUUAUACUUCUGUUCCAUUGCUAGAAUCAAACAUUUACAGAACAUCCCAGUCUAUGAUUAUACUUCUGUUCUAUUGCUAGAAUCAAACAUUUACAGAACAUCCCAGUCUAUGAUUAUACUUCUGUUCUAUUGCUAGAAUCAAACAUUUACAGAACAUCCCAGUCUAUGAUUAUACUUCUGUUCUAUUGCUAGAAUCAAACAUUUACAGAACAUCCCAGUCUAUGAUUAUACUUCUGUUCUAUUGCUAGAAUCAAACAUUUACAGAACAUCCCAGUCUAUGAUUAUACUUCUGUUCUAUUGCUAGAAUCAAACAUUUACAGAACAUCCCGGUGUAUGAUUAUACUUCUGUUCCAUUGCUAGCAUCAAACAUUUACAGAACAUCCCAGUCUAUGAUUAUACUUCUGUUCUAUUGCUAGAAUCAAACAUCUAUAGAACGUCCUAGUGUAUGAUUAUACUUCUGUUCCAUUGCUAGCAUCAAACAUUUACAGACCGUCCUGGUGUAUGAUUAUACUUCUGUUCCAUUGCUAGCAUCAAACAUUUACAGACCGUCCUGGUGUAUGAUUAUACUUCUGUUCCAUUGCUAGCAUCAAAAAUUUACAGACCGUCCUAGUGUAUGAUUAUACUUCUGUUCCAUUGCUAGUUUCAAAAAUUUACAGAAAUUUACUGGGGCCUGAUUAUACUUCUGUUCCCUUGCUUGUAGUAUCAAACAUUUACAGAACUUCCUAGGGUCUGAUUAAACUUCUGUUCCAUUGCUAGUUUCAAACAUUUACAGAACAUCCUGGGGCCUCAUUAUACUUCUCUUCCAUUGCUAUUACUUUGAAUUUAAUAUCCAAAAUAAAAUGAAAUAACUUGGUUUUAUAACUCUAAUGACAUAUUAUUAACCAGGCAACUUGUCCUAACCCUAAUGACAUAUUAUUAACCAGGCAACUUGUCCUAACCCCAAUGACAUAUUAUUAACCAGACAUCUUGUCCUAACCCUAAUGACAUAUUAUUAACCAGGCAACUUGUCCUAACCCUAAUGACAUAUUAUUAACCAGGCAACUUGUCCUAACCCUAAUGACAUAUUAUUAACCAGGCAACUUGUCCUAACCCCAAUGACAUAUUAUUAACCAGGCAACUUGUCCUAACCCUAAUGACAUAUUAUUAACCAGGCAACUUGUCCUAACCCCAAUGACAUAUUAUUAACCAGGCAACUUGUCCUAACCCCAAUGACAUAUUAUUAACCAGGCAACUUGUCCUAACCCUAAUGACAUAUUAUUAACCAGGCAACUUGUCCUAACCCUAAUGACAUAUUAUUAACCAGGCAACUUGUCCUAACCCUAAUGACAUAUUAUUAACCAGGCAACUUGUCCUAACCCCAAUGACAUAUUAUUAACCAGACAUCUUGUCCUAACCCUAAUGACAUAUUAUUAACCAGGCAACUUGUCCUAACCCUAAUGACAUAUUAUUAACCAGGCAACUUGUCCUAACCCUAAUGACAUAUUAUUAACCAGGCAACUUGUCCUAACCCUAAUGACAUAUUAUUAACCAGGCAACUUGUCCUAACCCUAAUGACAUAUUAUUAACCAGGCAACUUGUCCUAACCCUAAUGACAUAUUAUUAACCAGGCAACUUGUCCUAACCCUAAUGACAUAUUAUUAACCAGGCAACUUGUCCUAACCCUAAUGACAUAUUAUUAACCAGGCAACUUGUCCCAGUUGCUAAGGAAAGGAAGCAGAGUUGUUGGCAUCGGCGUGUCGUUACGGAGGCCCAAGGACGGACUUGUGUGUUAUUUGGCCUACUUUUAUCCGCCAGGCAAUGUGGACUCCCAGGCGACCAAUGUGCU